CCAACCCCACCUCUUCUCACCUAACGCAGAGUGGCCAACUUUGACGAUACUUUUAUUUCUAUCUGGUGCGAAUCGGACCGUUCAUUUGCUAUAUAUCUCUGUUUACAAAAUCACCUCUCUCUCUCGAAUUCUUACGUCUUUUAGAUCUCUUCUCUUUGAUCCGUUCUGUAAAAAAUCUCAAAUCCAUUUCGGAAGAAAGCAGCAGCAGCGGAGAAGAAUAACAAAUGGCUGUUCCACCAACAAGAAUAGGUUUAGCUGGACUGGCUGUGAUGGGCCAGAACUUAGCUCUCAACAUCGCAGAGAAAGGCUUCCCGAUCUCAGUCUACAACAGAACAACUUCCAAAGUCGACGAAACCGUCGAACGCGCCAAGAAAGAAGGGAACCUCCCCGUCUACGGCUUCCACGACCCUGAGUCUUUCGUCAACUCCAUCCAAAAGCCACGUGUCAUAAUCAUGCUCGUCAAGGCCGGUGCACCAGUCGACCAGACCAUCAAGACCCUCUCUGCUUACCUAGAAAAAGGUGAUUGCAUUGUGGACGGUGGUAACGAGUGGUACGAGAACACCGAGAGGAGAGAAAAAGCCGUGUCGGAAAACGGUUUCCUCUACCUAGGAAUGGGAGUCUCCGGUGGUGAAGAAGGCGCUCGUAACGGUCCAUCUAUGAUGCCUGGAGGGUCUUAUGAAGCGUACAAGAACAUCGAAGACAUUCUUCUCAAGGUUGCAGCUCAGGUUAGGGACAGUGGUCCCUGUGUGACUUACAUCGGGAAAGGCGGGUCUGGAAACUUUGUCAAAAUGGUACACAACGGGAUUGAGUACGGCGACAUGCAGCUGAUUGCUGAAGCCUAUGACGUUCUGAAAUCCGUUGGUAAACUGUCUAACGAGGAGCUUCACGGUGUCUUCACCGAGUGGAACAAAGGCGAGCUCGAGAGUUUCUUGGUUGAGAUCACAGCGGAUAUCUUCGGGAUCAAGGACGAUAAGGGAGAUGGGCAUUUGGUUGACAAGGUUUUGGACAAAACCGGGAUGAAAGGUACCGGGAAAUGGACUGUCCAGCAAGCUGCCGAGCUCUCUGUUCCUUCUCCCACCAUUGAGUCAUCUCUUGACGCGAGGUUCCUCAGCGGGUUGAAAGAUGAGCGUGUUGAAGCAGCUAAGGUCUUCAAGGAAGGUGGUUUUGGAGAUGUCUUAACCGACCAAACCGUCGACAAGAAACAGCUCAUCGAUGACGUGAGGAAGGCGCUUUACGCGUCGAAAAUCUGCAGCUACGCGCAAGGGAUGAACCUGAUCCGCGCCAAGAGCAUGGAGAAAGGAUGGGGCCUUAAGCUAGGUGAGCUGGCGAGGAUCUGGAAAGGAGGGUGCAUCAUCAGAGCGAUCUUCUUGGACAGGAUCAAGCAAGCUUACGACAGGAACGCCGAGCUGGCUAACCUCUUGGUGGAUCCCGAGUUUGCGAAAGAGAUCAUCGAGAGGCAGUCGGCUUGGAGGAGAGUGGUCUGCUUGAGUAUCAACUCGGGUAUAAGCACUCCCGGUAUGUCUGCGAGUCUGGCCUACUUUGAUUCUUACAGGAGAGAGAGGUUGCCAGCGAACCUUGUACAAGCUCAGAGAGAUUACUUUGGUGCUCAUACUUAUGAGAGGACUGAUGUUGAAGGUUCUUUCCACACCGAGUGGUUCAAGAUCGCAAGACAAACCAAAUCCAACAUGUGAUGAUGAUGAUGAUGAUGAUGUCUCUCUCUCUCUCUCUCUCUUUCUCUCCUUCAAUAAAAUAUUUUUCACACCGAAUGUGUUGUUUCCUCCAUGUGUGAAAUUACUGUGGCCGAUGUUAUGAUUUGUAUUAAGUUUUUUCAAAUACUUUGGUUCUAAUUAUUACUUUUAUUUUAA